CCCCUCCCCCUCCAGUUUCCCCGCAUGAACUGAGCUUGCGGCUCGUUCAGCAUUUCAUUGCUCCUGUUUGUUUGAUUUCCUUAGCCUCUAACUUGAAUUGAUGAAUACGGAUACCGUAUUAAUGGCCGCAUAUGCGGCCGUGUCGCCAUUUCAUUUCUUCUUUCUCCUGGAGCUUCGGAACAACACUUCGCUGUGUGUGGGGGAAGCUCAGUGCUGUGGCAUGUGGAACUCGAGGUCGGUUUAAUUGGGAAGUGCGGUUCAUAGAAGACAGGAGUUGGAGAAAUGGAAUUGAAGAGGAAAUCGCCAGAGCAGCUUGAAGCUCUCCGGAAGUUAUUUGCCGAGGAGAAGUAUCCUACCAAUGAUGCUAUUGAAGAGCUUGCCGAAUCCCUUGACCUUACAGUUGCCCAGGUCCGGGGAUGGUUUGUUGAGAAAAGAAGGAGGGAGAAAAGUAAGAAACCACUAGCUGUAACUCCUAUUCAGAGCAAGAAGCUCCCUACCGGCAAAGGAAGAAAGGUAUUCAGAGAGGAGGGAUCGUUGAGUCAUGACAGGACUAAAUCCAGCAGUAGUUUGUCUUCGGAAGUGGAGGACGGGAUUAUUGAGAGGUCAUCGAAACUGACUCGUGUACAGCAGUUGCACUCUUCGGAAUAUAUUAUCAGCAAGGUUUUCCGUAAAGAUGGGCCUGCCUUAGGUGUGGAAUUCGACUCUGUUCCUUCCAGGGGAUUCCAUACUAUUAAAGAAUCCAUAAACUAUCUUUCUGCUUCCGAAGACAAUGAAGCAACAGUCAAGAAGAGAAAGCAUGUUGAUGAUUGUACAUUGAGUGAACUUGUGAAGAAACGUGGUGUGGGCAAAGGCUUAAUGAGAAAGAAUGCCAAGGAUUAUAAAGUAGGAGUGCCCACUAUGAAACAUGGAAUGGGCAAAGGCUUGAUGAGAAAGGAAUGUACUGCGAGUUCACCGAUGAAGAAAUAUGGUAUGGGCAAAGGCUUAAUGACAGCAUUGCAGCCCAUAAAUCGAGAUGGCAUAGACGUUCCAACUGAUAGACGGAUAUCUAAUACACCUGAACUAACAAUUAUUGAAUCAUGCAAACUUCGACGAAAGAAGAGGAAACGGAAACCCACAACUGUAAUGCAGGUAAAGGUUGGAGAAACGUCGAAGGAGAAGCGGAAGGCUUCUUUCGGGAGAAAAGAGGUGGGUUCUAAAGGAGAAGAGAAUGAGAAGCAACUCUUCAGGGAGACAUGUGAACUUGCACUGGAUGGAAGGACAUCACAAGAACUUCUUAAUCAAUUUGCACUUUUGAUGGAUGACGAAGAGGUGGAGAUACGAGAGUUACAAGCAGGACCAAAUCCACUGACAUGUUCUGAACAUUGUGCUGCCAAUGGAUUGCAUAGUUGUUCUCUGUGCAAAGAUUUGCUGCCUAAGUUUCCUCCGGUUUCUGUACAUAUGAAGCAGCCAUUUGCUGUGCAGCCUUGGGAGCGUUCUUCAGAGACUGUCAAGAAACUUUUCAAGGUUUUGCAUUUCCUUUAUACAUAUUCUGUUACAAUUGACAUAUGCUCCUUCACGUUGGAUGCUUUUGCUCAAGCAUUUCAUGACAAGGAUUCCUUGUUGCUUGGCAAGAUUCAUGUAGCUCUUCUGAAGCUUCUUUUGUCGGAUGUUGAACGAGAGAUCAGCAAUUGUUUUCUGCCUCAUUUAAGCAUAUCUUGCAAGUUUCUGGCAUUACUUAAUUCGGUUGAAGAUCAGGAGUUUGUUUUAGAUUUCUGGAAAAGAUCAUUAAAUCCUCUAACUUGGACCGAAAUACUGAGGCAAGUUCUUGUAUCAGCUGGAUUUGGCUCAAAGCAAGGUGCAUUCCGGAGACAAACCCUUAGCAAGGAAAUGAGACUUAUGUUGAAGUAUGGCCUUACUCCUGGAACUUUGAAGGGUGAACUGUUCAGAAUCCUAUUUGAGAAAGGGAAAAACGGACUAAAAGUUUCCGAGCUGGCUAAGUCUGCACAGGUUGUCGAACUAAAUCCUGCCAGCACAAAUGAAGCACUGGAGCUAUUGAUAAGCUCAACUCUUUCAAGCGACAUUACUUUAUUUGAAAAGGUAUCACUUGCUGCUUACCGUUUACGUGUAAGUACCCUCUUAAAGGAAGAAGAGAGCUGCGAUUCUGACAGAGAAGACUCGGGAAGCAUUCAUGAUGACUUUGAUGUUGCUGCUGGCACGUGUAGCAGCAGUGACUCUGAGUGUGACUCAGAAAGUUUGACUCAGGCAAAGCUUCGGCACCUUAAGUGUUGUAAAAGUAAAAGUAACAAGCUGACAGUACAUAAUGAAAUUGACGAGAGCCAUCCUGGGGAGGCGUGGCUUCAAGGACUAAUGGAUGGCGAGUAUUCUGAUUUGAGCAUUGACGAAAAGCUGGAUGUCUUGGUAGCUUUAAUUGAUCUAGUCAGUGCAGGAUCCAGCAUUAGAAUGGAGGAUCCCGUGAGACCUGCUCCUAACUUGCAACAUUAUGGUUCUGGAGCAAAAAUAAAGAGAUCGUCAUUACACAGGCCUUCCUGGGUUCAUGGGAAACAGAUUUUUGGCCCAUGUUCAUCGUCCAAGUCUCAACCUGUUGAUUCAUCUGUCUCAAUCUUUAAUUUUAGCAUAGAGGAUAUAUCGUCUUGCGUGGGGAAAGAUGGAAAGGAGACUGAAUCUGUAGCUGAUCUGCAUCCUAUGCAGUCUGUAUUCUUGGGUGCCGAUCGUCGGUAUAAUCAAUAUUGGCUUUUCUUGGGCCCUUGUGAUUUUCUUGAUCCUGGUCAUAAGAGGGUCUAUUUCGAGUCUUCUGAAGAUGGCCACUGGAAAGUGAUUGAUACUGCAGAGGGUUUACGUUCCUUAUUAGCCGUCUUAGACGAUAGGGGGAGGAGGGAAGCUCAACUUAUUGAGUCAUUGGAGAAACGGGAAACAUUUCUAUGCAACGAAAUGUCGAAUGUGAGAAACCUUGCUGCUAGCUGUCACUCAUCACAAUCAAAGGAGUUCGAGUCAACUGUCAGGGAAGACAGUUCUUCACCAAUUUCUGGUCUAGAGGAGACAACCAACGACUCAUUGCCUCCAUGCAGCGCAAUAGUGCUUGCCGCAGAGAAAAAUCUGGAAGAAGAAAACCCUAGACGAAAUUGUCUACAGUUAUUUGAUUCAUGGAUAUGGGAUCAUUUUUAUAGUGGUCUCAAUGCAGUGAAGCAUAGCAAAAGGUCAUUUUAUGAACAUCUGACGAGAUGCCAGACGUGUCAUGAUUUGUACUGGAGGGAUGAAAAGCAUUGUAGGAUUUGCCACAUGACGUUUGAGGUUGAUUUCGAUCUUGAAGAGAAGUACGCGGUCCAUACAGCCACAUGUAAACUGAAAACAGAGAAUGAAAAUGUCUCUAGAUACAAAGUCUUGCCGUCAGUGCUUCAGACGUUGAAAGCUGCUGUACAUGCGAUUGAGUCAGUGAUGCCUGAAGGGGCUUUGGUGGGUGCUUGGACGAAGUCUGCUCAUAGGCUGUGGGUUAAACGGCUUAGACGUACCGCUUCAUUGACCGAGCUUCUGCAGGUCGUAACUGAUUUCGUCGCUGCAAUCAAUGAGGAUUGGCUGUGCCAAACCAGCGAUGCUCCCGGUUUCAACCCUUUCACGGAAGAAAUCGUGGCGUGUUUCUCAAGGUUGCCUCAGACUUCAUCUGCACUUGCCUUAUGGUUGGUGAAAUUGGAUGACUUGAUCUGGCAGCAUUCAGAAAAUGCUCAAUGUCAAGAGAAGGACGCAACAGCUAUAGUGAUCAGGUAGCAAACCACUCCCAAGUUACAGGGUCGAAUUUCGCGGCUGAAAAAUAUCAUACUAGUGUCAGGAACCCUCUGAUUUUGGGAUCUCACAGUGUUUCGUUCAUCUCAGCUUCCCUCAUACGUGUUCUUUUUUCCUGGCCAUAUCGGAAGCUUCCCCGCCUCCAAGAAAGGCGGCAAACUCACCUCAACUUUGUACAGAGCAGUGGCAUGAUUCCUUUGGGAAGAACUGCCACUCUAUUUGAAACUUCUUAUUUGCUGUACUUAGGAAAGUUUGAUUUACUACUAGUGCUUAGGAAGAUGUUAUACCAGAACCAGACGCUACUAGCUGAGUUAGAUGUAUACAUGUUUAGGGUGAUUUUUUGUAUAAAAUGGGAGGGUAAAGUUCGCUACUCUUUGAGAGAUUAUUGCAGCUAAUCUGAGGAAGCAAUCGAAAUUUUGCCGCUGUAGGUUUGUGAGCAGAAUAAAAAUCUUCGUUACCUGCUAUAAUACGUUCCGAAUUGCAGGUGUAUAUACAAUGUCAUAACUGUUGUCAAUUUGAUAUGUGUUUAGGUGAAAUGUAAUGUUUUUGUAAACAUUUUGUAAGUGUCGUUUUUAAGCUCUGAAUUAAACAUUAGUACAAAGAAUCCUGCUUUCUGAGAUGCACCUGAACCACAAGCUAUGUUU